UUAAUAACCCACAUAGCUCAUUUAGACAGCCCCUAAAUUAAUGUGUAACAAGAGUUUGGAAUUAUAAAUUAUAAAUGUCUCUAAUACCAUAUACUAAUUAUCUGUAGUACCUACACUUUUUUUUAUACGUGAAUUAGGUGGCCCAAUUUUUUUUUUGCUUCUUUGGCCACCAGUCUCCACGGGGGAAAGGGACCCCACGUGACUAACUUGGCUCGGGAUACGGUAGUGAUGUCUCUGGCCACAAAGGUUUUUAUUUUUUACCUCAGAUGAGAUUGUUAGAAGUCCCACAUUGGCUAGAGAUAAGGUCAAUCAAGUGUUUAUAAGGGUUGAGCAAACCUCAACUCUUGAGCUAGCUUUUGUGGUUGAGUAUAGGCCCCCUAAUUUCUAAUAUGGUAUCAGAGCCUAUCCUAGAUCCAUUUGUUGUGUGGAGACCUCCCAUAUUUGGGCCACCCGUUGUUGUUCCCACGUUCCAGUCUGUUCAAUCCUGGACGUGAGGGGGUGUGUUAGAAGUCCCACAUUGGCUAGAGAUAAGGCCAAUCAAGUGUUUAUAAGGGUUGUGCAAACCUCAACUCUUGAGCUAGCUUUUGUGGUUGAGUAUAGGCCCCCUAAUUUCUAAUAGAGAUCAUUAGGUGGCCCAAUAUACUAUUGAUAUAUGAUAAUUUAACUUAUAAUUUUCGCAUUUUCCAGAAUAAUAUCAAAGACCUUAGUAAAAUAAAAAAGUUUAAUAGUUACCACAAUAAAUGAGUAAACCGAAAAUGAGUAGUUAUUUAAUUUCAGUUUAAGUAUUUGAAGAUUUUAAGAUGAUCAUGAAGGUUCAUAUGUUUCAAUUGUUGGGCACAUCGACUCACUCUAUUUGAAAGGCAAUAUUUCUAGGAGGAGGUGCUUCAUCAUCCUUGCUUCAUGGCCCAACUUUUACCUGUCUGCAAGAGGUUACGCGACGGCAAGGUGAAGAGCAGAUGAAAGAACCAACAUAAUCGCCACCGCUCCAAGUUCGUCAUGUUAGAAUUUAUAAGUUAAGUCUCACACCACCACAAAAUCUUAAGCUUAAGGUAAUGGUUGUGUGUGUUAUUUAUUGUAUAUACAUUUGUACACUAGCCAAUAUAAUCUACCUAAUUUGUGAGACUUCUUUAUUAUAUAUACACAACCACAAAGCCUUUAAAGAUAGUUUGGCUUGCUUAGUGAUAAGAUAGUUUUUUCUCCCUACAUGAUGUAAUUUUUACAAAUAAUUACUAAAGUAGUGCAAUUUUUUUUAAAGCUUAAUUCCAGUUUGGGCCCCUGAUGUUUCAAGAAUGAGCGUUCUGCACCCCUCAUGUCUAAAAUUUGCGGUCAAGCUCCCCUUUGUAACAAAACUGUGCUAACGAAGCCCUUCCGUUAGCUUCCGUCUGUUGACCAAACGGAAAUGACUUACGUGUAUUUUUAACCCAAAUCAACACCGAUCCAAUUCCUUCUUCCUCCUACAACUCCAUCGUCUCCAUCCCUUCACCCAUUUUUGAAUCCAUGAAUUACAAGGUUACCUCUUUAAGUCAAGCCAAACCCCUAAUUUCCUCUACACAACAAACCUCCAUAACCAAGCCAAACCUCUCCCAGGCUUCCACCAUCGUCCCACAUAUCCAUCACAACCCCCCAAUCUUCCACAGUCCACACUAAUUUACAUUCUUCAUCUCUUAUUGCUUCACCCUACACUGUAAUGGAUUCGAUUUUUGGGUGAUUGCAAAAGCAAGGGGAGAGCCUACCGCUGUGUUCCCUCUUUCUCUCUCUGGUUCAUGCUCUUCUCUCUUCAAAACCUCUCUUCGCCAUAGCUACCCUCCCCGCCGACCUCAAACCAACCCAGAAUUGCCAAAGCUCCAGAUCUGGGUUUUAGAUCGAGUGAGUAGUUUGCCUCCUCUUGUUCAGAGUGGGUCUAGAUCUAAACUGAAUCUUCUGUCAUUGGUUCUUCUUCCCCUUCGUCUUCUUCUAAAAGGGCAUCCUCUGAGCUCUAAAAUUUCCCCUAUUUUUCUAUCUUCUUUGUUUUGUAUUUGGGUUGGUAUUGGAUCUGGAUUUAAAGUGAGAAUAAAUUAUGAAAUAAAGAAGUUGUCAUUUUGUUUUCAAUCAAGGUUGUAAUUGAUUAACAAGGUUUUUGUUAUGUUGCGUUGGGUAUGAGUUUUUUGAGUUUCCAAAACUUCUUUCUUUUUUCAUGCUAAAAAAUUUGACAGCCAUAAUCCAUUCUGGGGUUUUGGACCAAAACCUAACUAUGAAUUCCACUUUCCUCCAAUUUCAGAAGUGUUCCUUCUUCCCCCUCUUAUGGAAAUGGGGAGAUAUUUGUUCUCUUCCCCCUCUUACGGAAACAAGGACACGAUGUUUGUUCAUGGUGGUGGUAGACAUAGAAGAAAAAGGAAAAGAAAAGGAAGUGAUGAGUGGCAGAGGCUAGAUUGGAUUAUUGGCUUGUGGGUUUGUUUAUUUGGGUGUUUUAAUUUUCUAGGUUUUCUUGGUGAGGAUGAUGAGGAAGAAGAAAGGGGUGUGGUUAUUUAUUAAUUAAUCAGAAAUUUUAUUUUUAAUUAAUUAAAGAGAUGGAGACGAUGGAGUUGUAGGAGGAAGGAGAAAUUAAAAAUACACGUAAGUCAUUUCCGUUUGGUCAACAGACGGAAGCUAACGGAAGGGCUUCGUUAGCAUAGUUUUGUUACAAAGGGGAGCUUGACCGCAACUUUUAGACAUGGAGGGUGCAGAACGCUGAUUCUUGAAACAUCAGGGGACCAAAAUGGAAUUAAGCCUUUUUUUAAUUACCAACUUUGUAUAAAUCGCAACUUGGAGUGGGGAUACCUUUUUUUUCUUUUUUUUUUGUGAAAUCGUCGUUGCCAGAGGUAAACACCUCUUUCAUUGAUAGCGACAGAAUCAAGUCUGUCACAAAAUCCUAGCAUAUGAUAUAAAGGAAAUAGUGACAUAAUUUGGGUAGAGAAGUUUUCCAUCACAAACAAUAUUCGGUCGCUAAACAUUUUGCAAAUUGGGCAACUUCCCUCUCAAAAUUCUGUUGCUAAUUAAUUUGCUAUUAUUCACUAGGAUUUUGUGAUGGUUCAAACUUCGUCGCAAAUAAUCAUGCUAAAUGUCAAAAACAUCUAUCUUCCUUUAAUGUUAUAGGCUAGGAUUUUGUAACGGAUUUAUUUUCAUCACUAAUGAUGAAAGUCAAGCAAAUAAGGAGUGUCGCCACUAGCAGUUUAAAAAAAAUGUAAAAAACUUGACGUGGCGAUUUAUAUUAAGUUGGUGAUUACAAAAAGUUGCACUUCUAAUUAUUUGUAUAUAACCUACACUAUGUAUGUAAAAAAAACAAAUAAGAUACUUCUAAGCUAUUAGGGUUAACGUUAAAGAUGUUCUUUGUUGAGAAUCCUUUCAGUAUGGUUAAAAAAUAAAAUAAAAUAAUGUAGUCCCACAUUGAGUAGAUUGAAGAAUGUUUAAUAUUAUAUAAGUGAAAGGACUUAUAAAUCCAUUGUCUUAAGGUUUUGUAUGAAAAAUGUGGUGCACUCGUCAUCCAAUGUGCAUGGUUAUAAAAAUAUAUAUCAAUGCACCAUCUCAUCAUAUAACCUGGAGAGAUCCCCUCCCACCAUAACAAUUAAUAUCAUAGCUGAUGGUUUCAACAUUGAUAGCUGACAAUAACCCCGGUGAGGGAGAGCAUAAGAAUUCUUCAUGUAUGACUAAGAAAUAACAAAAUAAAUAAAAAAUCUCACAUUAAGUUCAAAAAGAGUUGUUAAUAAUUCUUCAAAGUGUGGAUAUAAAAUAGAAGUAAAAUAAAAAAGUGUCACACAUUUAAUAAAUAUGAGCGUGUUAGCCUAUAAACCUUACAUUGUGUUCAAAUUUUUGGUGAAAGAUGUGGUGUUAUUUCUUAAUGUGAUAAACUCAUUAUUUAAUUAAUAUGGUGUUAUAAAAAAAUCUACAUGACCAUGCCCAAACUCCUAUUCGAAUGUGAUGUUUAUAAAAUAUAGGCUUAAUUCCACUUUGGGCCCUUGAUGUUUCAGAAAUGAGCGAUCGGGGCCCCCCGUGUUUAAACGUAGCGGUCAGGCACCCCAACGUUUCAAAAACGUGUGAUCCAGCCCCUUCUGUUAAGCUCCGUUAGUUGACCAAACGGAGGCCCUUUCAUUAAUUGACGUGGAUUUUGUUUUUUAGUUUAACAUUAAAUUUUUGACCCAGGAAUUUCCCACUCAAUACACAAACCCAAUUCCCCCAAAUUUUACCCUAAUUUCACCUCAAUUCCUAACUUAGCAAGCAACAGAAGAGAGAUCGAGAGGUUGGUGCAGCUUCAACCCCUGAAGUUCCUGUUUUUCUUCAAGCUUCGAAUCCAACGGUGCUCAGCCAAAGAUGGUGCGUGUGGCAUGGAGGGGGAGAGGUCGUGGACGGCGAUGAUCUUCUGUCGAAGGGAAUCCAAGGCAAACGGUCCCUGUAGCUCCUGCUGUGGUCCACUCGGUCACUCCUCCGAGGUACUUACCUGUGAAUAUAUUUCAUGGAGGGAAGUUUGUGACUCACCCUAGGUCUGAAUAUAUUGAUGGGGAAUGUGAGAAGCUCGAAACAUGUGAUAUUGAUACCCUAAACUCAAUUGGGUUGAACUAUAUUGCAAAGGGUCUAGGUUAUAGCUCAUUUAAAGUAUGGUACCUUCAACCUGGGUUUGGUCUUCAAAAUGGUUUGAGACCCUUUGUUGAUGAUGCAGAUGUGUUGAGGGUUUUGAAUGAGCACAGUGGGAGUGAUAUUGUGAAUUUCUACAUUGAGAAACUCACUAAUGUUCCUGGAUCUUUAGAUAACCUGGUAAUUGAUGAUGAUGUGGUGUAUGAUGAGGUAGAGAUAGUUUCUUGCUCUGUUGCUCAACCUAGUUAUCUUGAGCCUGAAUGUGAUGCUCAACCAAUAUCUCAUCUCCCACCUGAACCUGAACCUCAAAGUGAAGCUGAAGCUGAACAUGUGCAAGUUGAUGAUGAACCUGUGGUAGUUGAAGCUGAACCUGUGCCUGCUCAACCUAAAGCUGAACCUGUGCCAGUUGAUGUUGAACCUGUACCAGUUGAUGCUAAUCCUGUGCCAUCAAGUGAAGAUGAAAAUUACAUUGGUAAUUCAGAUGAUGAGGAUGACAGUGAAGUUAGCCUUGAUGACAGUGAUUAUGAAGAAGGCUAUGACUGGAGUCAAGUUCUUCCUGUGAAUUACAAAGCUCCUCAUGCUGUUUGCCAAGCAAAGUUGUUUCUUUUUUUGAAGAUGAGAAUGAGAAUGAGAGUUCUGAAGACCUAGAAAGUCCAUAUGACAGUGAUGAGGAUUGUGAGAAGCUAAGGAGGAGGAAAUUUCCAAAAUUCAAGGUGGGUGGUGAAAGUUAUGUGAUCAAAUUUGAGGUUGGCCAUGUAUUUACUGAUCCAAAUUUGUUUAGAGAUGCUGUGAGAGACUAUGCCCUGCAAAAUAAGAAGGAUACUGUGUUUAAAAAAAAUGAACCUAAGAGGAUUGUAAUCAAGUGUCAGGAAGGGUGUCCAUUUUAUUUGAGGGCUUCCAAGUAUGAACAGAAUAGCUAUUGGCAAAUUGUCACACUAAAGGAUGAGCACACAUGCUACUUGAGUAAUAAAAACAGACAAGCAAGGCCUUCCUUUGUUGCUAAGGAAUUUGUUCCCCUUCUAAGGCAUACCCCUCACAUGAAAUUAAAAGCAUUGGGUGAGGAAGCUAAAAAUAAGUGGGGUGUGAGACUGAGUAGGUUUCAGUUAUCUAGAGCUAGAGUCAAGGCACAGAAGAUGAUUGAAGGGGCAACCUUAGAGCAAUACAAGCAUCUCAGAAGUUAUGGUGAAGAAUUGAGAAGAAGUAAUCCAGGGAGCACAGUGGUAAUCAAAACCAUGGCAGGGGCUGGUGUACCUGUAUUUGAGAGGAUAUAUGUAUGUCUAGCUGCAUGUAAAAGAGCUUUUGCCACCACAUGUAGACCUCUAAUAGGUUUAGAUGGGUGUUUUCUCAAAGGUGUUUAUGGUGGGCAACUCUUAACUGCAGUAGGAAAGGAUGGUAACAAUCAGAUGUAUCCUAUAGCUUAUGCAGUUGUGGAGGCAGAGACAAAAGACUCUUGGGACUGGUUUCUGGAUUUGUUACUGUUUGACUUAAACAGUAUUCAGAACAAGAGAUGGUGCUUCAUCUUUGAUCAACAAAAGGGACUUGUUCCUACACUGGCAGUCAUGGAUGAGAAUGUUGAUCACAGAUUCUGUGUUAAACAUCUGUAUGCAAACUUCAGGAAGAAAUACCUCGGGGAUGAAAUGAAAGGAGCACUGUGGAAUGCUGCAAGGGCAUGUACUGUGCCAUGGUGGGAAAAGGUCAUGCUCAAAAUCAAAGAAUUGAAUGAGGAUGCUUGGAAUGACUUGAAGCAGGUCCCUAUGAAACAAUGCAGCAGAGCUCGCUAUAGCACAUACCCUGUAUGUGAUUUGCAGGUUAAUAACAUGUGCAAAGCCUUCAACAGAGCAAUCCUAGAGUAUAGGGAUAAACCUAUAAUCAACCUACUUGAAGGAUUGAAGUUCUAUCUCAUAAAUAGGAUUGUGAAGCAAAGAUAUGUGGAUCUUAGGUACCAGGGAGAGCUAUGUCCAACCAUUCAGAAGAAGUUAGAGGUGUCUAAGAGAGAUGUUGUUGCCUGGCUUCCAGUGAAUGUUGGUGAUCAAAACAAUGCUCUGUUUGAGGUCACAAAUGGCACAUGGAAGUAUGUUGUGAACUUGGCUGCAAAAACUUGUCGUGCAGAAGGUGGGACCUAACUGGCAUCCCUUGCUGCCAUGUUGUUUCAUGCUCAUGGUAUAACAACACUAGGCCUGAGGAGUAUGUUGACUCCUAUUACUGGAAAAGUACAUUUUUUAGGACAUAUGAGAACAUCAUAUUUCCAUGCAAUGGUCCUGACUUGUGGCCUAGCCCAGGGGACAAUGUCUUGCCAAUUGUACCACCAGAAAUGAGAAGGGCACCAGGAAGGCCAAAGAAAAAAAGGGUCAAGGCAGCAGAUGAGCCAAGAGAUCCACAUAAGCUGAGUAGAAUUCAAUCCACAGUAUUUUGUGGAAACUGUAGAAGGUCAGGCCACAACAUCAGAUCGUGCAGGGCUAAAACAGUUGCUGACAUUGUUAUUCCACCAGGAGGGAAUAAGAAAAGCAAGAAAACUAAUGGGCAAGUGGAAGUGGAACAACUCCUGGAACACAAGAAGGACAAGCUCAGCAAGGAGGACAAGCUCAGCAAG